UAUCAGUGAGAAAGGCAACGUAGAGGUUUAACCAUCUGGAACAUAAAAAAGCCGGUUUAAAUAAGGGAAAAUAUAAACAGUUCAAUUAAAUGAAAGCUGAUAAACGUGCUCCACACUUCACGAUCUACUUCUGCUGAUAGAAGUUAACGGUCUCUCCGAAUUUAAAACUUUCUUGGCCUUUUCUUCAACACCUAAUUUUUAGUUUCGAUUUCAUUCUUGGAAUCUUUCAGGUCUUUAUUGUCCUGGUGAUGUUUCCCCGUGAACCCCAUUAGACGGAAUCUUGGAAAACAAGUGACGAUUGGCCUGGCAGACUUCAACUACUAUCCUCUUCAUAAGGGCAAAGUUCCCGCCUAUUAAUUCCACCGCACUCUCCCAAGCCCAGUACAGUGCUCUCCACACGAGAACACAAGACCCAGAGGAAGAUCCAGAAUGCCGCCCGUAGCAGGCGGACCCCCUCAGUACACCCCUCCUGACGGUGGCUGGGGAUGGGUCGUGGUCUUCGGAGCUUUUAUAUCCAUCGGAUUUUCCUACGCUUUCCCUAAAGCCAUCACCGUGUUCUUCAAAGAAAUCCAGGAGAUAUUCCACACUUCCUACAGCGAGAUAGCAUGGAUAUCUUCCAUAAUGCUCGCUGUUAUGUAUGCGGGAGGUCCUAUAAGCAGCAUUUUGGUGAACAAAUAUGGCAGCCGUCCAGUGAUGAUUGCAGGAGGUAUAUUGUGCUCCAUGGGAAUGAUUGCCUCCUCAUUCUGCAAUAGCGUCAUUGAACUUUACAUAUGUGUGGGAGUUAUUGGCGGUUUGGGCUUGGCCUUCAACCUGCAACCCGCCUUGACCAUGAUCGGCAAAUAUUUCUAUAAGAACCGCCCCAUCGCCAAUGGACUAGCAAUGGCGGGGAGUCCCGUCUUCUUAAGCACAUUGGCGCCGCUCAAUCAGUUUCUGUUCAAUUAUUACGGCUGGAAAGGGAGCUUCUUGAUUCUCGGGGGACUCCUUCUGAACUGCUGCGUGGCGGGAUCCCUCAUGAGGCCGAUUGGACCCAAACCAGCUCCCGCGGCUCUGAAGAAAGACGUGGAAAAUGGAGCUGGGAAUUCCAGUCUGCUCAAGAACAACAAGACUUCUUUCUGCCAAACCAUCAACAGAUAUUUAGAUCUCUCUCUUUUCAAGCACAGGGGAUUCCUGAUCUAUCUGUCAGGGAACGUCAUUAUGUUUGUGGGCUUUUUUGCCCCGAUUGUGUUUCUGCCUUCGUACGCCAAGAACAAGGGUAUUGAUGAGUAUUCUGCAGCUUUCUUGCUUUCCAUCCUGGCCUUUGUGGAUAUGUUUGCCCGGCCUUCUAUGGGGCUGCUAGCAAACUCCAGACUAAUCCGACCCCGGAUCCAGUAUUUCUUCAGUUUUGCCGUCAUGUACAAUGGAAUCUGUCACCUUCUGUGCCCUUUGGCAGAAGGCUACACGGGGCUGGUGGUCUAUGCCGUAUUUUUUGGCUUUGCCUUUGGGAUGGUCAGCAGCGUUCUCUUUGAAACGCUCAUGGAUCUUGUGGGAGCACCUCGAUUUUCCAGUGCUGUGGGGCUGGUGACCAUCGUAGAGUGCUGCCCCGUUCUCAUUGGCCCUCCGUUAGCAGGUAAACUGUUGGAUGAAACUGGAGACUAUAAAUAUAUGUAUUUUUCCUGUGGAGUGAUUGUUACAAUUGCCAGUAUAUGGCUGUUUAUUGGCAACACUAUAAACUACAAGAUGUUGGCAAAGGAAAAGAAGUUGGAAGAAGAAAAGCAGAAAGCGCUAAACCAUGCCGACUCCAAGGAAGCAGAACCACUGACCAACAAUGAAAACGAGGACGUAACCGUCCGAGCGACGAAAAUCCUGGACGAUCCCUCAGAAAGAGAGACUAAUAUCUAAAGUCCACCGUGAUUCAGAGAGUGUUUCUGACUUUCAUUAGAAGUAUUUCUUAAAGAUAUAGGGCAGGUUUUGUAGUUGUAAUGAUCAAUCUCAAUUAUGGAUGGUAAUAGGAUUUUGUUCCGAGGCAAGAUUCCAAUCAGUCGUUACCUUCAGCUUAUUUCUUUUGGUUGGUGAGAUUUUUAGGUUAAAGGACACUGAGUCCAUGAAUAUAAGCCUACUUUCAUCUGACUCUGGAUCUCAUGAGUAGAAUGGUGAUUUGUCUUCCAGUGACAGGCGAUGUUGGACUCAACCAUAGCGGUGAACUCUUAAAACUACAUUAUCUGCUUCGUGUUAUCUUAACCCUCAGGAUGCUACUAAUGGCAUGGACCUCUCCACACGAUUUUUGUUUGUUUGUUUUCCGCUUGGUUUUAAUAGUGGAGUCAAUUCAAGGAUAAAGAUUUUCAAAAGACAGAGUAUUGGGAAAAAAGAACAACCUAAAGUAUAAAACCACCAUUAAUGCAUUACUUUUUUUAUAAAGUAUGAUUUACCUGCAUUGAAAAAUGGAUGUAUUAGUUUUGCAUAAGUCUUUAUAAUUUGAAUGUUAAAAGUCAGGAGAUGGAUGAUAAUCCAUUUUCUCUCUAAAGGCAAUUGACAGUGGGGUAAAUUAAAGUGUUUAUGUUUUUAUACAUAAAGCAUACAUCCAAAGAGAGAAAGUAGUGUUUUAGAAUAAUUACUUAUUAACAGUAAAGAGGCUCCAUAGAUUAGGUUGAUUCUAACCGGCUGGGAUACCACAUGUUUUAAAAUUCGGUUAAAUUAUAACGGUAAGAAAAGUGGCCAUUCAGGAUCCUCUAUCAGUCCUUCAGAGCUUCAGUCAGCAAAAUAAGCCAAGUGAAAGAACCAGAUAAUACUGGAGGAAAUUAGCGACGAGCAGUGGUCUUUUGACCGCUAGUUUAAUUAAGUCUUAGGAUGCAGUGGCAGAGGAUCAUUCUCACAAAGGAUCUUGAUUGGGAAUAAUAACAUUUUUUAGGUCUUGCCUAAUGUCAGAUAAACACCUCCAGAUGCCAUUAGCAGACAUCCGUGUCAGUUAAGAUUUAUGGAGAGGAGAGGGGUUGGACCUCACCCCUUGAGGCUAAUCCACAAUGCAGUAAUUCCUUAGCAGUCAUUUCAAGAUGGGCAGUGGGGCAGUGUGAGUUAUAAGGAUCCACCCUCUCUGUCUCUAGCAGUUUUCCCGGUCAUCCAAGAUAUAGCCUCGUGUGAACUAUGAGAAUGACAGAAUUCCGGUGCUGCCAUCUCGAAGUUACAAAAUAAUCCUGAGUGGGCAGAAGACUGAGCCCAUUUACUGUUGCACUGAAUUUGAGCACAUGUAUCCCCAUUGGCCUGAAUUCUCACACCUAAAGCGGGAAGAGCCCUCAGGGCUACUCCCUGAGCUUUAAGGACCAGGUACGGACUUUGCUCUGUAGGCUUGUGCGGAUGUCUCGUGGAAACGUAGAUGAUGCUAAUUUUAUACCAUCAAAAUGCUACUUUUCAAGGCCCCUAAAAUUAAAUAAGAUUUUUAAAAAUAGAAAAAAAUAGAAUAAAAAGAACCAUGACUGUAUCUGAGAAUUUAAAGUUUAACCUAGGUCAAUUAUUUAAACAGUUUAACUUUGGUAAUUGAGAUUAUGGUAGUUUUAAGAUGGCAGAUAGAAUUGCCUUUUUUAGCUUUAUUGCAGAUAGGGAUGAUCUUAUUCAUAUAAGAUAUAUGAAAUAAGCUGCAUAGUUUCAAAUUAAUAAAGAUUAGGGGCCUAAUUCAUAAAAACCGUAUGCACUAUUUAUGCAAAGUACUUACACGUCUGAUUCAGGAUGAUGCGUGAAACUACCGUUCAUUUUCUUCUUUCUUUUGUAACUAAGAGGUCUAAACAUAUCAAAAAGACUAAGUAGAACAAGAUGUGCCAAUAUCAUAGGUAAAGCAAAUCAGGGAAGAUUUGGCAGGAAAAUGGGUGUAUUUAACUGAGUUGUGUCCAAUCAGAUGUUUAGUUUAGCUAUUGCCUUAUUUUUAAUAUCUUGUAUGUCCCAUCCCAUUUCGUCAUAACAUAUACAGGCUCGCCAAUUAUGACUCUCCUCUUCAAAGCAUCUUUUCAGGAAAAGAAAAUCCCUUCCAUUCUUAUUAUCUCAGAUGUAUUGUUGGGUAUGUGUAGUUCCCAAGUUCUUUGCAAACACAUGGGAAUUUAGUAUGGAUGAUUUACUGAGCAGGAACUCUUCCAAUAAGGGUUGGAGCCGUGAAAGAGGGGCAAGAAAUCCACAGUGUAGUUCUCUCCUCCAGUCAGAAGCGACAGGAAACUCUGUCCAUCCAUUCCUGCUGAUAGUUUUCUGGCAUUUCUGUGUUGGGUAAUAAAGAUGAUAAGACUAA